UGAUAAUUAUCCAGGGCACCUCUACCUGUAUAUCACUACAACAUAGUUAUCCAGUGUACUUAUCAUUGUAUAUAGCUGUUACAGUAGAUCGUCAGGAUGAUUGUUAAUGACCGUUUUCAUAAUCUAGACAUGCUUCGUUUGUAAUAGUAUAUUACUUAUAUCCGGGAUCUGUCGAAAUUUCAUCUUUAUCACAUAAUGUAAAUGUUGUAGUCCGAAUUAAUGCUAUUUUACAACUUUUAAAAGUAUCUUUUAUUAAUUUUGUGUGAAAAUGGAGGCAAAAUCGUAUAAAAAAUAUGCAGUGAACAAACGGAUGGUUUAUUUUGUUGGUUUUUUGUUUAUAGCUAUUCCAAUUGCAGUAGGAGUACUUGUUUGGCAUUUUAUGCCUAAAUGUGAUGAGAACAACAAUAUAAUCGGAGAUUCUGGUGGAAAUCAAGGAGAUAAAAUAUCCACAAGCACUGGAUCUGCUUUAACAACAGUGGUACCAACACCAAUAACAACACUAUCGUUAACGGAACCUUGGAAAAAUCUACGACUUUCACGGGAUGUUCUUCCAAUCCAUUAUGAUAUCACACUAUAUCCGGAUUUUUAUGAUAACCAAAGUUCAUUCUAUGGAAACGAAACAAUAGAAAUAAUGGUACAUAGAACAACGUCAUAUAUUCUUAUACACUAUUUAUAUUUAAAUAUGACAAAAACAAUGUUAAGAGAUUCAAAUAAUAAGGAGAUCAAAAUAAAACCACUCCGUAAUUAUGAAGAGAAUCAGUUUUGGAUCAUUGAAACUGAAUCGCCACUCCAAGCAGGAAUAACUGUUUUUCUUGAUCUUCAAUUUGAUGGAUCUUUGACACGUGCUAUUGUUGGAUUCUACAAAAGCAGUUACGUUAAUUCUAUAACAAACCUAACAAGAUAUAUGGUAUCAUCUAAGUUUGAACCAGUCAAUGCCCGUAGAGCAUUCCCAUGCUUUGAUGAACCUAACAUAAAAGCCAAUUUUACAGUCCAUCUGGUUCACAAGAAUGAAUACAUAGCUUUAUCAAACAUGCCGGAUAAGACUACUGCUCCAUGGUCCGAGGACAACUCGUUAAUGAAAACAGAUUUCGAAGUCUCUGUGAAAAUGAGUACAUAUUUAGUGUGCUUUAUUGUGUGUGAUUUUGAUCAUCUCGAAAACACAACCAAACAUGGCGUCAAGGUACGGACAUAUGCUACUCCUGAUAGAGUCAACCAGACUAGGUUUGCAUUAGAUAUUGCUGUACAUACAAUGGAACUUUACGAAGAUCUGUUCGGAGUUCCUUAUCCUUUACCAAAACAAGAUAUGAUUGGUAUACCAAACUUUGUAUCUGGGGCCAUGGAACAUUGGGGACUUAUAACAUACAGAGAAGUUAAUAUGUUGUACGAUCCGAAUGAAGCAUCGUCAGCAAAUUUACAGAGAGUAGCUGUCGUUAUUGCCCAUGAAAUAUCUCAUCAGUGGUUUGGAAAUAUUGUGACGAUGGACUGGUGGGAUGAUCUCUGGCUAAAUGAAGGGUUUGCCAGCUUUAUAGAGUACAUAGGCGUGGAUUCAUUCAGACCAUCAUGGGAUAUGAUGGAACAAUUUACAACUGAGGAUGCCUUACCAGUAAUGACAACAGAUUCUAAAGUAUCAUCUCAUCCAAUUAUUGUUAACGUACAAAAUCCUAACCAGAUAAAUGAAGUGUUUGAUAGUAUAUCAUACAGUAAGGGAUCAUCUGUUAUUCGGAUGUUGGAGUCUGUCAUGGGACGAGAACGAUUCUUUGAAGGCGUCGGGAAAUAUUUAAAAGGAUUUGAGUGGUCAAACGCUAAAACCAACGACUUAUGGGCAAAGCUCGGUAACGUAGAACCUAAUCUUACGGUUAAAGCUAUGAUGGACACAUGGACUAGACAGAUGGGUUUCCCGUACAUAAAUAUAACCAUAACUAGCACUGAAAGUAAAACUACUGUGAAGGCUGUACAGAAAAGAUUUCUCGCAGAUAUAAAUACUAUUUAUGAUGAAAAUGAAUCGGAAUAUAGAUAUAGGUGGCAUGUCUUCUUAGAUUACGUGACCAGUGAUGGACAUAGCGGUAAUGUGUGGAUGAACAGAGAAGACGAGAAAACAUUCGAUGUUCCAGCGAACUUGACAAAUGGUUGGAUCAAGUUCAAUGUUAAUCAAACUGGAUUUUACAGAGUAUUGUAUCCUGACAACAUUUGGAAAUCUAUAGCAAAUCAACUCGAAAUGAAUCCUAGUAUUAUGCGGGAUGUGGAAAAAUCAGGAUUAAUCAACGAUGCCUUCAAUUUAGCACGUGGAGGAUACCUCAAUUAUGAUUUGGCCUUAGGUCUAACACGGUUUUUAAAUAAAGAAAUGGGACAUCUACCUUGGGAAAGUGCAUACUCAGUCCUGAGUUAUAUCACUCAUAUGUUUGAGUUAGGCGGUGACUAUUCUAAUAUGAGGAUAUAUAUUUUGAGAAAAGUCAAACCAGUCAUGGACGCCAUUGGAUGGCAGGACGAUGGAAACCAUUUAGAAAAAUUAAUGAGAUCUAAUAUAAUUGAAUUAGCAUGCAGAUUGGGUGACCAGCAUUGUUUACGGAAUGCAACUGAAAAGUUUAGAAACUGGAUAGAAAACGGAGUAAGUGUUCCACCAAAUCUGCGCUCUCUAGUGUAUAAUUAUGGAAUACAAGGCAGUGAUUCAGAAGAAGAUUGGAAUUUUAUGUGGGAUAAAUACACCAGAGAAACUGUUCCACAAGAAAAGAUUAAGUUACUGUAUGGGUUGUCUCGUACCCGCUCUGUUUGGCUACUAAGAAGAUAUCUGGAAUAUGCUAAAGAUGAAACGAAAGUAAAAGCGCAAGAUUUUUUUAAUGUUAUAACCUAUAUAUCACGUAAUCCCAUUGGAAGAAGUUUAGCUUGGGACUGGGUGAGAUCAAACUGGGAAUAUUUGGUACAAAGAUUUACAGUGUUCUCAAGGUCUCUAGGAAGGUUGAUACCAUCAAUUAUUAUAUAUUUUAAUACAGAGUUUCAUCUGAAAGAGGUUGAGGCAUUUUUCAAACUUUAUCCGGAUGCUGGUGCGGGAGAAAGAGCACGAGAACAAGCAUUGGAAAGCAUAAGAGGAAAUAUAGCAUGGAUGAGAAAUUAUCAAGAUGUAAUUAGCAAAUGGCUUUGUCAAGAACUCACAAACUGUGUAUGAAGCAGCAUAUGCAUAUACCUCGUAUAUAUAUAUUUUUUUAAAUAUCUCGUUUUAGAAGUUAUAUUGUAAACAGUUUCAUAUACAUUCUUAAUACAGAAUUGUGUUGUUUUAUAUUGGUGUAAAUGUUAUUCUGUGCUAUUUAUAAAAUGAGUUAUCAUUUCUA